AUGCCCGCCAAGUCGGCCAAUGAGCCGCCGCUGCCGCAAGGUUUGAAGGCACAACUCGACGUUCUCACUGCGACUAGGUGGGACGACGUCAGCGCUGAUGAGGUUCAGGCCGCAGCACACCUCUCGCAGCUCCGCCUCGACUGGAAGGCGUUGGGCAACGCGUGCUACAGCAAAGGGUGUUUUUUGGUCGCCAUUCAGUGCUACUCGCGGCUGCUGGAGCUUCCCGGCGGAGACACAGCACAGAUCCGCAGCAAUCGCAGCGCCGCUUACUUGCAAUCGCUCAUGCUGGCAGGCCCUUCGUUGGCCCUCAAAGACGCCGAGAAGGCUGUAGAGCUGGAUCCGAAGUGGUUCAAGGCCCACCUCCGCGUCGGUGACGCGCAUUGGAAGCGCGGCCACUUCGCUGAGGCAGACGCUGCGUACCGUGAGGCGCUCGCCCUGCAGCCGGAGUGCGCCUCCGCGAUAGCCGGGCUCCGUGCUUUGCAGGUAGAGUCGGAGAAGUUGUGUGCGGCAGCGGCCACGCUUCCGCCAAGGACUGCCAUCCACGCGGCUGCAGCGGCGCAGGCAAAGGAGGAGGAACCGCCAUUGACGCAGGAGCAGCUGGUUCAGAUCUGGAAGAAGGACAUCAGCACACAUGAGGGCCGAACAGGCUGCCGACCGCGACAGGCGUCGCUCUCGGAAGCAGACAGGGAACAAGGUGCCGCCAUCAAGCAGGCGUUUCUAUCUCGCUUCCGUGCGAAGCUCGAGUCCAAUGAUGAGUUGAGCGCCACCCUUCGCGAGCGACGCGAAGAGGUCAUGCUGUGUGGCGAGGAGGUCAACUAUCGCGAAGCAGACAAACUCCGCAGCACCUACUCACACGCUACGAACGGUAUCGGGCUGGGCAUCUCAUCCGACGCGUACAAAGAACACACAGGACGCGUCAAUCACCGUACGUGGUAA